AUGUCUGUGAUCUCGACCAUCCAGAAAAUUCUCCCCUUCACAAUCAUCGAAAGCUUGAUCGAUUUGACUAAUUGGACGGUUACUCCAUUCUUCUUGCUGUUGUGCCUUUAUUUUGCAAUUGACAAGCUCAUUCACGCCAAUCCGAUUUACUGUGAUCUCGAAGGAAUGUCGUUCGAUUUUCUUCUUCGUGAACUUCCAAUCGGUGACAAGUCGUACAGAUAUUACGAUCUUCGAGCUCUCAAUGACCCAAGAUACGCUGAACUCCCUGUGAGCAUCAAGUAUCUUCUUGAGGCCGCCAUCCGCCACUGCGACGAUUUUCACGUAUUGACGAAAGAUGUCGAAACAAUCCUGGACUGGAAAAACUCUCAGCGCGUCCAAGCUGAAAUUCCAUUCAAGCCGGCACGUGUGAUUCUUCAGGACUUCACCGGUGUUCCAGCAGUUGUCGAUUUAGCUGCAAUGCGCGAUGCUGUGCAGAACAUGGGAGCGGACCCAGCGAAAAUCAAUCCAGUUUGCCCCGUCGAUUUGGUCAUUGAUCAUUCUGUUCAAGUCGACCAUUAUGGAAACCUUGAAGCUCUCAGCAAGAAUCAGCAAAUCGAGUUCGAGAGAAACAAGGAGCGUUUCAACUUUUUGAAGUGGGGUUCGAAAGCUUUCGACAAUUUGCUGAUCGUUCCACCGGGAUCCGGAAUUGUUCACCAAGUCAACUUAGAGUACUUGGCUAGAACUGUCUUCGCCGAUAAGAAUGGAGUACUAUACCCUGAUUCGGUUGUUGGUACUGAUUCUCACACCACUAUGAUCGAUGGAUGUGGAGUUCUCGGAUGGGGAGUUGGUGGAAUCGAAGCAGAAGCCGUCAUGCUCGGACAGCCAAUUUCUAUGGUCAUUCCAGAAGUAAUUGGUUACGAGUUGGUGGGAACUUUAAGCGACACUGUUACGAGUACUGAUCUCGUUCUUACUAUUACCAAGAAUCUUCGUGACCUUGGAGUUGUUGGAAAGUUUGUCGAGUUCUUCGGAACUGGAGUUGCUUCCCUCUCGAUUGCCGAUCGUGCCACGAUUGCCAACAUGUGCCCCGAAUAUGGAGCCACUAUUGGAUUCUUCCCAGUCGAUCAGCGCACAAUUGACUACCUUGUUCAAACUGGUCGUGAUGAAGAGUAUAUCAAACGGGUUCACUGCUAUCUCAGAAACACUGGACUUUUCGUCGACUACACUGAUGGAUCAUAUCGUCCAUCAUACACAAACGUGUUGAAGCUUGAUCUGGCCACAGUUGUCCCAAGUGUUUCUGGACCAAAGCGCCCACAUGAUCGGGUCGAGCUCGCUUCUCUUCAUGAAGACUUCAAGAAAGGCCUAACUGACAAGAUCUCGUUCAAGGGAUUCGGUUUGAAACCAGAGGAAGCCUCGAAGACUGUUAGCGUCACUAAUCACGGAAGAACCGCGCAGCUAGGACAUGGAUCCGUUGUCAUUGCCGCAAUCACAUCAUGCACGAACACCAGCAACCCGAGUGUUAUGCUAGCUGCUGGACUGGUUGCCAAAAAGGCCGUCGAACUUGGCUUGAAUGUUCAGCCGUACGUCAAGACGUCGCUAUCACCCGGAUCUGGAGUUGUUACAAAGUAUUUGGAAGCGUCCGGACUCUUGCCAUACCUCGAGAAAAUUGGAUUCAACAUUGCUGGAUACGGUUGCAUGACCUGCAUUGGAAACUCUGGACCACUUGAUGACCCAGUUUCAAAAGCGAUCGAAGAGAACAACUUUGUUGUUGCUGGAGUUCUUUCUGGAAAUCGUAAUUUCGAAGGACGUAUCCAUCCAUUGGUGCGCGCUAAUUAUUUGGCUUCUCCGCCACUUGCUGUGCUCUACUCGAUAAUUGGCAAUGUCAACGUUGACAUUAACGGAGUCCUUGCCACCACUCCUGACGGAAAGCAAAUUUUCUUGAAGGACAUCUGGCCCACUCGUCAAGAAGUCGCCAAGUUUGAGGAAGAAUUCGUUAAGCCGCAAUUCUUCCGCGAGGUUUAUGCCAACAUCGAACUUGGAUCCACACAAUGGCAAGAAUUGAAAUGCCCAGAGGUCAAACUCUAUCCAUGGGAUUCCGAGAGCACCUACAUCAAAAAGGUUCCAUUCUUUGAUGGAAUGACCAGCGAGCUUCCAGCUCAAGGCGACAUCAAAAAUGCUCACGUUCUGCUCAAUCUUGGAGAUUCGGUGACAACUGAUCACAUCUCUCCGGCAGGAUCGAUUGCUAAGACAUCCCCAGCUGCUCGCUUCCUUGCUAGCCGCGGAGUUGCUCCGAAGGACUUCAACACCUACGGAGCUCGUCGUGGAAACGAUGAAGUUAUGGCUCGCGGAACGUUCGCCAACAUCCGAUUGGUUAACAAAUUGGCGUCAAAAGUUGGACCAAUCACCACUCAUGUUCCAACUGGAGAAGAGCUUGAUGUCUUCGACGCUGCUCAGAAAUACCGCGACGCCGGAAUUCCAGUCAUCAUUCUUGCCGGAAAAGAAUACGGAUGCGGAUCUUCUCGCGAUUGGGCUGCUAAGGGACCACUUCUUCAAGGAGUCAAGGCGGUUAUUGCUGAAAGCUUUGAGAGAAUCCACAGAUCAAACUUGAUCGGAAUGGGAAUCGUCCCGCUUCAAUACAAGGACGGUGAGAACACCGAGAGUCUUGGACUCAGUGGAAAGGAAACCUUCAAUAUCGCCAUUCCAAGCAACUUGAAGCCGGGACAACUUCUUGAUGUUAUCGCUUCAACUGGAAAGGUGUUCCAGGUUGUCUGCCGCUUUGAUACCGAGGUCGAGAUAACUUAUUAUAGAAACGGAGGAAUUCUUCAGUACAUGAUUCGCAAACUUAUUCAAUAA